CGCUCAGUUUGGAAGCGCACCGCCACUUCCGCCUGCGUUCUUUAAAACUCACUUCCCUCGCAUAGAGAAGGUAUUGGGAAGUCCAAAGAAGAAUCAACUAGAACUACUGAUCGCGAAAACCGGAGGCACGAACAUAGCGGAUUUCAGUUCAGAAAUGAUCAAGUGGUUCAUCCUUCAGCUUACAUUAGCCUUGGUGCUGGAAACAAAAUGGGCUGAGUCAUCUAAAUGCAAUCCCACAAAAGCAGAAGAGACUUGCAAGGAAUGUAUCAAUUUAGGACCAGGUUGUGUCUGGUGUAAGGCAGUGAAUUUCACAAAGCCUGGAGAACCAAAUUCUGCACGGUGUGAUUCUGAGGAAGUGCUCAAGAGUAGAGGUUGCAAAGAUGCAGAUAUAAUUCAACCUGUAAAUUUGACUAUUGUGAAUGUAGACUAUCCACUUGGAAGACAUCACGAAAUGGUGAUACAAAUAAGACCCCAAAAAGUUCAACUAGUUCUUCGUCGAGGCAGCUCGCAGACAAUUGAGGUGAAAUUUAAGCGUGCUGAAGGUUACCCUGUUGAUCUGUACUAUCUCAUGGACCUGUCCUAUUCCAUGAAAGAUGACUUGCAGAAAGUGAAGAAUCUGGGAAAAGAGCUUCUUCAAGCCUUGACAAGUGUCACUAAAUCUAUCAAAAUUGGAUUUGGUUCUUUUGUGGACAAGAGAGUACUACCCUUCGUUAACACCCAUAAAGAGAAGAUGAAAAAUCCAUGCCCUGAUAAAAAUGAGAAAUGUCAGCCUCCAUUUGAUUUCAGGCAUGUCCUCGACCUGACAGAUGAUGCAAAUGUAUUCUCUCAAGAGGUCGGAAAACAAUCUAUUUCUGGAAAUCUGGAUCCUCCGGAGGCAGGCCUGGACGCCAUGAUGCAAGCAGCAGUGUGUGGGGAGCGGAUUGGGUGGCGCAACGUCACGCGUCUUCUUGUUUACACUUCAGAUGAUGGAUUUCACUUUGCUGGAGAUGGGAAGCUUGGAGCAAUCCUAACACCCAAUGAUGGCAAGUGCCAUCUCAAUAGAGACGGCUUUUAUGAAGAUGACACAAAAUAUGACUAUCCGUCUGUGGCUGAGUUGGCUGCUAAAUUGGCAGAAAAUAACAUUCAACCCAUUUUUGCCGUUACAAGUAAGAUAAUGCCAAUAUACCAGGAUCUAAGUACCAUGAUUCCAAAGUCUGCAGUGGGAGAAUUGAAAGAGGAUUCCAGUAAUGUGGUUCAGCUAAUCAAAGAUGCCUAUAAUAAUCUUUCUUCUAAGGUGAUAAUAAAGCACAACACCUUGCCAGAUGGGGUCCGGAUUUCUUACAGAUCACACUGCAAUGGUGAAAGCAAAGAAAGUGACAAGGAAGGAGUCUGUUCAAAUGUGAAGAUUAAUGAGGAGAUACGUUUCUCGGUCACAAUAACUGCAGAGAAGUGCCUGUCAAAGACAGAAUCAUUUGAGAUCAAACCCUUGGGCUUCACUGAGAAAUUAGAAAUUUCUUUAACAACAGAGUGUGACUGUAAAUGUGAUGAUCAGCCUGAAGUUUCUAAACACUGCAACAACACAGGUCAUGUUAAGUGUGGUGUAUGCAGUUGUCUUCCAGGUUGGAUUGGCAAGUUUUGCGAAUGUGACCUUGGUAAGCGCUCCACUCAAGAUCUGGACGCAGCCUGUCGUAAAGAUAAUACAUCAACCACCUGCAGCAACCAGGGAGACUGUUUUUGUGGUGCGUGCAGUUGUCAUACUCAUCCCAACAAAAAAAUUUAUGGCAAGUACUGCGAAUGUGAUGACCAGAACUGUGAGCGAAAUUUGGGCUAUCUGUGUGCAGGACAUGGCACAUGUGAUUGUGGAGUAUGUCGAUGUGAAAAAGGAUAUACUGGAACAGCCUGUGAGUGUGAAAUUGCUGAAGAGCAAUGUAAACAGAACCCAGAGAGUAAGAUUUGCAGUGGAAGAGGAAAAUGCACUUGUAAUCAAUGCUUAUGCAAUGCAGGUUAUCAGCCCCCAUAUUGCAAAGAGUGCCCAGGAUGUCCAUCUCCAUGCCCUAACUACAUACAUUGUAUAGAGUGCCUUGGAUUUUCAAGUGGUCCAUUUGCAAAAAACUGCACUCAGUCCUGUGGGAAUUUGAAACACACAGAAGUGAAUGAACUAAAAGAGCCGACCGCUUGUAAAGAGAAGGACUCGGAUGGCUGUUGGAUGAAUUUCAUCAUGAAGGAGUUAGAUGGAGUUGGAAACUAUCAAGUGAUUAUCCGGAAAAAAAAAGAAUGUCCUCCACCCACAAAUGUCAUCGCUAUUGUUGCUGGUGGAGUAGCUGGCGUGCUGCUGAUUGGAUUGCUUAUUCUCCUGAUCUGGAAGUUGCUGACUUACCUGUAUGACAGAAGGGAAUUUAGGAAGUUUGAAAAGGAGCGAGCAAGAGCAAAAUGGAAUGAUGGUGAUAAUCCAUUGUUUAAACAGGCCACAACUGUUACCGUAAAUCCCAACUUCAAAGAAGACUGAAGAUGUUAAUAGAGACAGGAUCAAUUUAAAGUGGGUAAUAAUCCACUGUUUCGACAGGCCAUUACUGUGAAUCCCAGCUUCAAAGAAGACUGAAGAUCUCGAUGGAGAUGGGUUCAAAUGCUUCAGAUGCCAUUUUACAACUUCCACUUGCAGUAUCACAAACACAGAUUAUGCGACAGAUGAGUAAAACAGCCAACCUGAAUUGAUUGAACCCAUAAAAGUCAUUAACUUUUCAUCAAUGAUGUACGCCCUUGACAUAUACCCACAUUUUUAGAUGCUAAAAAUCAGUUGUCCAGUGCAAUAUGUCUUACCUGCUGUAAAUCAAUCAGUUUAAAAUUUUUAAGCAAAUGCCUAACAGGUGAGUGAACAAGUAGCUCUCAUCGUACCUGUGCAAAAACCAUCUAUCAUCAAUGAAAACAGGGCAGAAAUAAUGAAGAUGGGUUGUAACUGAGCUUUGGUUAAAACAAGUGAUAGUUACUUUUAACAAUGGGCAUCAAAUGCCAGUUAAUUUGGUAUUGUGGCACUUGCUUUGGUUAUUUUCAAAAAUACCAUUUCCAGUUUUAAUAAUUAAUCUCUAAUAAAAGCUGAAACCUCUAGAUCCUAAAAAAAGUUUAUUUUUAUGUGCUAUGCAUUCUUUUAUUUGUUUAUAAAAAUAACAAAUGCAAAUGUAAGUAGAUGAGAUGAUUAUGUUCUAUGAAGGAAGUGACUAUUUGUAAAUAGUGCAACCUGCUUCCAUUGGUGCUUUGCUAACCAUGGCUUAUCACAGUGAGGUCAUCGUAAGAAAACAAAACUGUGCAAGACAAAAAGCGAACGUUGAGUUCCAGUGAAUGAGAAAUAAAAUCUGAAAUAUAAACAGAAAAUGUUGGAAGCAAAUCCAAAUCUGCUUAGUAGAUCAGACAGCAUUUCUGGAAGGAGAAACAGUCAAUGUUUCUCAUCGGUUACACUGUGUCAGAACUGGGAACAAGAGAGAGAAAGAAGUUAUUUCAUUUGGCAGAAAGGAUGUGUCGAUGAAAGGGAAUGUCUGUGAUAGGCGAUUUAAAAUAGCUCAAUGGCAGCAGUUACAGCACAUUGAACUUUGUGAUCUGUCUAACUUGUUGUUAUUGGUGAGACGAUGGGACCUGCCCAGCAGGCCAUACUUAAUUAGAAGGAUAAGAAUAACUGAGCCAACAUGUAUAAAAUGAUAGUAUUCCCCUUUUUGCUGUUUCAUAUCAUGUUGACUCAGUUUUUCUCAAUCUUCUGUCUGCAUUUUUGUAUGGGGGUGUAUGUAGCUGAAGUGUGAUAUUUGUAUGUAAAAACUUCUUUUGAAGUCUGUUGUACAAAGUUAAUUGCAGAGACAGCACCAUGUUCAUUUGCAACUGUACCUAAGGUUAAUAAUAUUAUUUCAACCAUUCCUCAUUGAUAUGUAAACUGCUAAACUUCUUCAAGAUAAGCUUAUCACAAACUCUAUAGCUUUUUCACCAAAUCCACCCCCACUGUCACUCACACUGGCUUAACUGUUUUGUGCACCUGCUUCGUUCAUUGCGCGCCCACUGCUAACCACCCUCACCACUGCUUUCCCACCAGCACAGCACACAUAGUUGCAUCUGAUCACACAUCCUUGCUACCCUAAGUAGUUCAUUUCAACCUUUAUAAAAUUGCCCAUCUUCAUUGCUAGCUCAAAUGGUACAUAAUGGUAAUUUGCUUCCUUCAUUACUUCCACUCCACAACAUUCAGCACAUCUAAUUCUGCUCCGCAUAAUCUACUCAAAGCAUGUUAUGAUGGUCAGCAGGUCUCAGCUUAUCUUCUGGUACCUCACUUCAAAAUGUUGGUCCUCAUGGUAACUUCCUCCCCUUCCACCAGCCCUUGUGGUCAAAAUCAAGAAGUUCUGAACUUGUGAUUUUUUGAUUUUGAACUCUUGUGCAGUCCGUAUACCUUUCCCUCACUUUGGUGGCCAGUGCUCUUUAAUUUCCUCCCCUACUUUCAGACUCAUCUUUAAAGGUCUAGUUCUCCUUCCUCAAAAUCCGUUUCCAUGAAGGUACCACAUAAUAUCUUAGUACAUUCCUCCUCUAUAAGGUGCUACGUAAACUGUUCUGUUUAACAUUACCACCAACACAUUUUUUCUUGAUUUAUUUCUGGAAGUUUUAAACAAAGACCUGAAAUGGUUUGUUCUAUGUGUUAUGUAUUAUUAAGGGUCAAGCUAAAUAGUGAUAUUACUAAUAUUGCAAUGUCAGGUCUCAGCAGGGUGAGCUAGAAUACCACACUUGCUUUUGUUUUCAAGGUUUCUGAUUACCAUCUUGGCCAUUCCCGGUGUCACUAUCCAGUCUUCAGCUCAGCUGCAAUCAGGAUCCUUGGCUACUCUGUUGUUGACUUUAGGAGUGUGCCAUCUGCCCAUCCAAUCCUGGACCAACUCUUCUGUUUCUGCACUAGACCCUGCAAACCAGACCAAUUACAUCACUAGAUUGAAGUAAAGAACUGCAGUGCACAAAGUUUUGGAAAUUUUAAAAAAGAUAACACACUCCGCAGACAUGACUUGAUGGCAGUUUUGAAAUAUUUUUUAAAAUUGCAAUCUUUCUUGUAGAUUUCACAGGUUACCCUGUCAGAAAUGAAUAUUCUAAGAGACUUUUGAAAAUCAAUGCAGUUUAUCAAAGUAAAUAUUAUUUUCCAAUUUUGCAAAUCAGUCAAACAUGAAGUUAUUUCCCCAUUUUAGGUAGGGUCUUACAUAUUGUUAAAGUGGUCUGCUUUUAUGAUUCAACAAGCAUGGAAGAUUCAACAUACAUUUUUUUCUGCUUAAGUUUUCCAAAUGGAUACACUUUAACUGAAACUAUUUGUGAUACUUUUAAUAUAUCAUCAUUGCUGUCUGUCAAGAGGUGGAUUCAGAUAUAUGAGAAUUAGUCGAUGCUUUCCACAGACAUACCAUGAACCUUUAUUGUCAGAGUUGUGUAGCAGGUCAAGUUUGGUAAAGGACAAUUGCCUUAAAGAUAUUGAGUGCAAUGUCCAGCCUUGCAUGCUUCAAUGACUGUAUCAAUGAUGAUUUGGAAUUUAGCCUCUUGUAUGCUUCCGAAACCUGAACUGCCAGCAGUACUACAAGGUAUUUAAAAAUAUCACCAAUCUGCCUCCACAAAACCCUCCAAAUUUACUGGAAGAUAGGCAAACCAACUUCAGUGACUUCUUCAAGGCCAACAUUCCUAACGCUGAAGACAUAAUUACACUCAGUUGACUGCAAUGUACAAGCCAACAUUGUUUGCACAGCCAAUGUCAAUUUUCUGAAACAGCCACCCUAUUCCAAGCUUAGUCACAGAAGGGGUUUACCAAGUAGAUAGUGUGAAGGAUGUAAAGAUGUACACAUUGGUUCCAGCAACAUUACCACUGACUUUUGGAAAUUCCUGAUUGAAAUAGAGAAGCAGCAUUUCUGAUAGUGUUGACAAUCUUGAACCCUUGUAUCAGAAACCCUGUGUAAAUGCCAAAAGAACAUUCCACUAACAAACAACUUAGCUAUCAGGCACCUUCUGUCCCAGCUAUAGAAGAAUCUCAUCUUCAUCUUAGAAUAUACAAAACCAGAUUGGAAGUAAUUAAUUUUUGAUUCUAGGUAAUUGCCUAAGAAGGAAGACACUUAACAGUGGAAUUAUAAUGCUACCCUGAGAAUGGAAUGACUUUUCUCAGGAAUGUAGAUCUCCAGGAAGAUGGCCAUUUAUAUUUUCUAUUGUGAUUCCACAGAACUAAGAGGAAUCAUUUCCUGUUGAUUUUGCUAAACCUGUGCAUUCAAUUCCACUUCUGUAAUUUGUAUCCUUUGUAGCUAAUGGAAAUAAAUUUCAGAAGUGGAGUGGAACACCUAUCCGUUACUAUAUUGUGCAAUUAUAUCUGCCAACCGUGGAUGAAUUUCAGCAGUCUUUUUCUUUUCCUCUAAGUGUGCCAAUGAUGCUGUGUGAUUUACAUCAAUGCAGUGUAUCUAUUUGUGUAAUCUGCCCCAAUCCUAAAAACUUUCCAAACUACCAUUUCCUGGCUCUUGUGCGCCCCUGAAUUUACUUCAUCCACCACAGAGGGCCAUGUCAUCCAUUUCACAGGCCCGAAGCUUUCGAAUUUUCUCCCAAACCUUUUCCAUCUUGUACUGUUUUCUCUUUUGAUAUACUCUUCAAUGUCCAAGUUUUUGAUCAAUUGUGCUAAUAUGUCAUUUUGUGGCUCAGUGCAAUGUUAUUAUAUGAUAAUAGUCCCAUGAAGCAUAUAGGGAUUUUUUCAGUACUAAAAGUGGUAUAUGAAUUGAUAUAGAUAUUAUAGUUAAGAUGCAUACGUUACCACGAAUUCAUUUGAACUCAAGUUGGAUUAACUGCAAGUGUCUUCAGGACUGAACACGUCAUCCAAAUUCUGCUGCACAGAGCACAUAUGGAUGUCAGUGGAUAACUGUGACAGUGAUUUUAUUUUAUGUGCAAGCUAUUAAGCAAAACUCAAGCUAAAUUGUAAAUCCAGGAAGAAACUCCAAGGAAAGUACAAUAUAUUAAAAAAAGCAAGGAACUUUGAAGACAAUUGUUCUGUUGAAUGAAUCUCUUUGUAAGCUUUGGAUAUAUUCAUGCUGCCCUUUGCAUAAUACUGAUCAAAAUUACUUUGCACUCUUGAAGCUAAUGCUAACUGUAAAAUAAGAGAAAAGAAAUGAACAGAUUUUAACACAAUAAUUAAGAAAAAUAUUGUAGUUGCCCUUUGUUGUUAUUUUUCCGAGGAACAGUUCUUGAUGUACAGUGAGCAGAAAGAGAACAAAGUGAAGAAUUGAACCUAAUCCAGGAUGAAAAUCAAAAGACUGCAGAAGCUGAAAAUGGUUUAGAUACUCAACAGGACAGGCCUCGUCUCUAGGAAGAGAAGUAACAUCAGCACUUCAGAUCGGAGACAUAACAAAAAAGGGAAAUUAAAAAAAGCUUGUUGAGCUGCAAAGAGGGUGGAGUAGGGGGAUGCCUGCAAAAUGGUAAAACUGGGAUGACUAAGGCAAUAAACUUUCAAAGUUGUGCCGCAUGGGAUCCACAGUGAAUUGGUCAAUUGGAUUCAGAAUUGACUUGCUCAUAGAGGAGAGAAGGUGGUGGUUAAUGGGAUUCUGACUGGAGGUCCAUGACCGGUGGUGUUCCACAGGGAUCUGUACUGCGAUACCUGCUGUUUAUGAUAUAUGUUAAAUUAUUUAAUGAAAGCAUGACGGGUUGGUUAGUAAGUUCACAGACAACACAAAAAUUAGUGGCAGUGUGGAUAGUGUAGAAGACUGACAAAGUAUACAGUAGAUAUUGAGUGUUGCAGAAAUGGGUGGAGAAAUGGCAGAUAAAGUUAAUUUGUGGAGUAUAAUCCUUUGGGAGAUCAAAUGUAAAAGGCUAGUGCAGUGUUAAUAGCAGGACUUUUAACAGAGGGAUCUUGAGUCCAGGCCCAUAGCUCCCCGAAGGUGGUUGCACAAGUUGAUAGGGUGGUAAAGAAAGCAUAUGGUAUACAUUAAACACGAGGAAUUCUGCAGAUGCUGGAAAUUCAAGUAACACACAUCAAAGUUGCUGGUGAAUGCAGGUAUACAUUUAUUGGUUAAGGCAAUGAGUUCAAGAGUCAGGAAUGUUAUGUUGCAACCUUGUAGAGCUCUGGUUAGGGCACAGCCCGAGCACUUCAUUCUAUCUGGUUGUCCCAGUAAAGAAGGGAUGUUGAGGCUUAGAAGGGGAUGCAGUAAGGGUUUACUAGGAUGUUGCUUGGUUUAGAGGGCAUGCGCUAAAAGGAGAGGUUAGACAAACCUAGAUUGUUUUCCCUGCAGUGGCAGGCGCUAAAGGGAGAUAUGGUAGAGGUUUGAGAGACAUUGAUAGGAACCUUUUUCUUGGGAUUGGAAUACGGCAUACUUUUAAGGUGAGAAGGGCUAAAUUCAAAGGAGAUUUACACAGUGAUGGGUGUCUGGAAUGUGUUCCAUGGGUGGUGGAGGUGUUUAAAAGACUCGUAGAUGUGAAUAUGCAGAGAAUGGAGGGAUAUGGAUGUUGUGAAGCAUGAAGUAUUAGUUAGGUACAAGACACCAAUUACAGGAGGAACUCAGCAGAUCAGGCAUCAUCUAUGGAGGGAAGUAAACAGCUGAUGUUUUGGGCCAAGACCCUACUAAAUUUCUCCAGCAUUUUGUGUGUUGCUUCACAUUUCAAGCAUCUUCAGUCUCUCCUGCAUCUCAUGCAGUUAGGUGUUUAAUUCAGCACAACAUUGUGGGUUGAAGGGCUGGUUAUUGUGCUGUAUGUUCUAUUUUAUCACUCUUAUUGAAUGUCUGAUAUUAACAAUUACUUCAGUCUUUAAAAGAGCCAGAAAAUUUACAACAGUUAUUCUUAAUUUAAAGAAUGGCCCCAGCACCUCCUCAGACUGUGGUAGUUGUUGAUGGAAACAAUGGAUAGGUAUGUGGAGCUUAGAAAGAUAAAGGGCUAUGGGUAAGCCUAGUAAUUUCUAAGGUAGGGACAUGUUUGGCACAUCUUUGUGGGCCGAAGGGCCUGUAUUGUGCUGCAGGUUUUCUGUUUCUAUUUCACAAUAUGUUGUGAUGUACAUAUGAAAAAUAAAGCUAAUCUCUAAUCCUUGAGAUUCACCUG